AUGGUAUUACCCGAAUUCAGCUUCUGUUUGUUGUCUAGCUUGGUAUUAACAAAAGUUAAUUUCAUGUUGAUGCUCGCAUGGGAAACAUUUAAUAAAAUAACAAAUUGGGCCGUUGGAGUUCCAGCACAAUCCCUUAAAAAUAAAGAUUUAAACAUGUUUUCGUGGUGCGAUAAUAAAUCAAAAUUAUUUGAAAUUAUUUUAUUUGUUAUUUUCUGCGAGAGCAUAUUUAACAUAUCUUCGUGUUUUCAAUCCGUCGACAGAUCCCAAGAACCAGAAUUUCAAUUCGGUUAUAGAAAAAAUAAUGGGCCGUCCAUGUGGAAAGAACAUUACGUGAACGCAUUGGGAGACAAACAAUCACCGAUUAACAUUGUCGUUAAUGAUUCCAUGCAAUGUCCUUGCGGUCCUUUAAUAUGGAAUAAUUUUUACGAAUUACCAGAAUUAAUGAUGAUACACAACGACGGUUAUUCUAUUGCCGUCAACGGUCAAUGGACGAAUGGAAAACCGGAAAUAACCGGAUUACCGUUAAAUAACGAAUGCUACGUAUUUAACAGAUUAUAUUUUCAUUGGGGUCCUACCGAUACCGAAGGUAGCGAACAUACAAUCGAUUAUGAAAGGUUUCCGUUGGAAUUACACAUGAUUUUUUUAAAAGAUGGUUAUAGUAAUCCCAUGGAGGCACAUUACGAUCAAAAUCCAAACGGAAUUGUCAUAGUUGCUUUUUUAUUCGAGAUAACUCCCGUGGAUAAUCCUGGAUUUUUAAGUAUAAUUAUCGAUAAUUUAAACAAUGUUAAAAAUCCAAAAUCUAGCUGUCACAUACAGCCAUUUUCUUUAAAUGAUAUUUAUCCUCAAUUUGAUUAUAAUUAUUAUAAAUACGAAGGUUCCAUCACUCAACCGCCUUGCAGUGAAAUUGUUACAUACAUAAUACAAAGUGAAACCAUUGCAGUUUCCAAACGUCAGAUGUCUAGAUUUAGAAAACUAUUAGCUAUCGAUGGUAAACCAAUGUUGAAUAAUUCUAGACCCGUUCAAAAGCUAAACGACAGAACAGUUUUUUAUUUUACAAGUUGA